AUGAAAGAUGACGAAGAAAAGAUAUUCAGGGUAUCGGAUAAGCUCGUUAUGGGAGUAGUCGGUGAUUCUGGAGAUACAACGCAGUUCGCCGAAUACAUCGCCAAAAACAUACAGCUUUAUAAAAUGCGCAAUGGAUAUGAACUGGGCCCUACAGCUGCAGCAAACUUUACUCGUCGAAACUUAGCAGAGUACCUUAGAAGCAGGACACCAUACUUUGUCAAUAUCCUAAUGGGUGGAUAUGAUAAAGAAAAUGGCCCUGAAUUAUACUUUAUGGAUUAUUUAGCGUCCAGUGUAAAAGUGCCAUUUGCAGCACAUGGCUUUGGUGGAUACUUGAGCUUAAGUAUCAUGGAUCGUUACCAUAAGAAAGACUUGACUGAGGAGCAGGCAUAUGAAGUUUUGCAAAAGUGUGUCAAGGAAGUCCAUAAGCGUUUAUUUGUAAGCUUACCAAACUUCCAGGUUACUGUUGUGAACAGAGAUGGGAUCAAGGUUCUACCUGUUAUUGAUUCUUCAUCCUCGAAG